CCUUAAAAUAAAGAGCAGAAAGCAGAAAGAGUCACCCAGGGGGAGAGAAAGACAGGAAGUGGGAGACAGAGGGUAUAUUGUGGGUCAUUUUCAGAGGACAGAGGAAUAAUACACUCCUGUACUCCUGUUAUCUCACAGUCGGUCUGCUCCCACUGUAGCCUCCUCCAUCACCAGAGUGACGGGCUGUGAGCAGUGACCCAGCCCCAGAGCACGUCCUUGGAUAUUUCCCUGCGAGAGGCGGAACAAUCAGCGGCAAAAAUGGGAUGUUUUGGAUUCCUCAAAGCCAUGAUGUUUGUUUUCAACGGCAUCAUCUUUCUGGCAGGCGUUGCCAUCCUGGGUGUCGGGAUCUGGGUGAAGGUGGACAGCGGCUCUAUCCUCAACUUUCUCGGGAAGAUUGAAAACACUCCAGCAGAGCUCAGCCAGGUGCUCAACGUGGGCUACCUGCUGAUCGCACUAGGAGCGCUCCUGCUCGUCAUCGGCUUUCUAGGCUGCUGUGGAGCCGUCAGAGAAAGCAAGUGCAUGCUGCUGCUGUUUUUUAUCAUUGUCCUGCUGGUCUUCAUCGCAGAGGUUGCCGGAGCAAUUGUGAUCUUGGUAUUCAGACCUUUGGCAGACGAGUUGUUCACCAAGAUUGGCACAGCUGCAGUCCAGAACAUCAAGAAGGAUUAUGGGAAAAACGCUGACAUCACAGGACUGUGGAACACUACAAUGAGCACCUUAAAAUGUUGUGGAUUCUAUAACUCAUCAGACUUCAUGGACUCUCCAUAUUAUGUGGACCACAACCGGCAAUACCCGCCACCCUGCUGUCCAGGCAUUAAUAACCCGUGUAAUCAAACGGUGGCUGAUGGUGUGACGACAAUCACCGGUUGCUUCCCAAAGAUCAAGCAGCUGAUCGAUGACAACACGGUGGUAAUUGUAGGAGUGGCGCUGGGAAUCGCAGCUCUGGAGAUAUGUGCCAUGGCUGUCUCCAUGAUCCUCUUCUGCAGAAUAAAAUCCAUGAGUGCCUAGGUGCAAAUGAAAAAAGGGCUUUUAAAAUGUCAUUCCUAAUCACUGGAGCCUCUCUGCUUCCUGGUCGGCCCGUAGAGGAGUGCAGGGCUACAUCCUAAUCGUGCAAAAUGCCUCAUCAUAUAGGAGAGUUAAUGUCAGAUCAUGUGCAAUCAGAAUUACUGAAUGACAUAACAAAUCUAUUUUUUACUGCAUUUGAAUAAUCUAAUAGAUGCCUUUAGAUGUAUAUGAAUGUACAUUAUCUUUUUUUUUCUUCUGCAGAGCGCUCCACUUUGAGAAACAGGCUACACACACACACACACACCGUCUACUUCACCAGAGAUUAUUGUAAAUGACAAACAGGGCUACUGCGUGUAACACAUGGCCAAUUAAUGAGGAAAUGCACGAUAACUCCAUUCAUUGUGAUAGUUAAACAAAGGCCACUGUGAAUGUUGUUGCCAUGACUUAGCCUGUAAAACAGGAACAUAAAUGAUUGUUUGUAUGUUCAUGUUGUGAGCUGAUCAAUUUUGAAAUAAAGUGCAAAGUAUUUGUA